CUUGGAAAUCCGUCUUGACCUGGACCGCGCCGGCGUCGCGGGAUCUCAAGACAACAUGACUUCGCUCAAGCGCUCGCUCGCUGCGACGAGCUCGACCACUACCUUGAGCAGCAAAACUUAUCUCAGGACUUUGAAGUCUGGCAAAGUGCAAAAGGUUGUUCGCGAGCUGUAUCUGCGACAGGAUAUUCCGUGCUCCUCCAACCUCUGCACAGCAUGCAUCGACCUGGCGCCAGCUGGCUUCCAUGGAAAGACUGAGCCCGUUGUGCUAUCCGCCACUCCUGCCGGCACGAAGCAGUUUCCUGCAGGACAUUACCUAGUUCCAGACACGAAUGCUUUCCUCAAUGCCAUGGACCUUUUCGAAGCAGAGGGCACUGUGCAGGAUGUCAUUGUGUUGCAAACCGUGCUAGAGGAGGUCAAGAAUCGAUCUCUGCCGCUCUACCACAGGUUGAUCGCGCUUACCAAGAACGAAGGCAAACGCUUCUAUGUCUUCUUCAACGACUUUCGUCUUGAAACAUACGUGCAGCGUGAGACUGGCGAGACCAUCAAUGAUCGUAACGAUCGCGCCAUUCGGAAAGCGUGCGCUUGGUAUCACGAGCACCUCCAGAGUGCAGUCCAAGCGCGGAAGAGCGAACGCUGCCCAGUGGUGGUGAUGUUGUCGGAUGACAGAGAAUGUCUGAGAAAAGCAAAGGAGGACACGAUAUCGUCGCUGAAUCUGCAUGGCUACGUAUCUGAGCUUCCAGAUGCUGAUCGACUUCUUGAUAUGUUAGCUUCCAGCCGUGAUCAGCGUGCUGCGCGAGAUGCCAAGGCAGAGAAUCUUUAUCCGGAAUAUAUAUCGAUGUCGGCAAUGCUCACCGGGGUGAAGAAUGGCACUUUGCACCAAGGCAAUUUUAGUGUCUCUCCAUACAACUAUUUGGAGGGCUCCGUGCACGUUCCAGCUUUCGAUAGGCCUCUCAUCAUACAAGGACGAGAGAACAGCAAUCGCGCGGUAUCUGGCGACGUUGUUGUAUUGGAGGUCUUACCCAGAGAACAGUGGAAAGCUCCAUCCAGCAAAGUCAUUGAGGAGGAGGAUAUAAACAAGAACGACAACGCCGAGAAUGAGGAUGAGUCCGCCGAACCGAUCGUUACCGAGCAGGAGCGCAAGGCACUGUUGGAGGAGGCGAGACGUGCACAGGGCAAGGUCAGCGAAGGGAGACCGCAACCAACAGCAAAGGUUGUUGGCAUAAUCAAACGAAACUGGAGGCAAUAUGUCGGGCAUAUUGAUAAAGACUCUGUCAAGUCUGGCGCUAAGCAGAGUCGAGCGCAACAGACUGUCUUCCUCAUUCCCAUGGACAAGAGAAUUCCUAAAAUAAGGGUCCGCACACGACAAGCCGGUGAUCUUCUGGGCAAGCGUGUACUUGUGACCAUUGAUUCAUGGGACCGAGAGUCGCGCUAUCCUGUGGGACACUUCAUUCGUAGUCUGGGUGAACUGGAAACCAAAGGAGCCGAGACCGAGGCACUACUUCUGGAGUGGGAUGUGCAAUACCGUCCGUUCCCAAAGUCUGUUCUAGACUGCUUGCCGGCUGAAGGACACGACUGGAAAGUACCACAAGACCUCUCCCACCCCGGCUGGAAGGGGAGGAAAGACCUCAGAGAUCUCCUCAUUUGCUCUAUCGAUCCUCCUGGAUGUGUGGAUAUCGACGAUGCAUUACAUGCUCGGGUCUUGCCGAAUGGCAAUUUCGAGGUUGGGGUGCAUAUUGCUGAUGUCUCGCAUUUUGUCAAGCCGAACAAUGCAAUGGACAAGGAAGCCUCUCUGCGCGGUACGACAGUCUACCUCGUGGACAAGCGUAUAGACAUGUUACCAAUGCUUCUUGGCACCGAUCUAUGUUCUCUGAAGCCUUAUGUCGAGCGCUACGCUUUCAGCGUGAUUUGGGAGCUCAAUGCGAACGCCGACAUCAUAAACGCUUCUUUCACCAAGAGCGUAAUUCGCAGUCGAGAGGCUUUUAGCUACGAGCGCGCACAAUUGCGCAUCGAUGAUCGAUCCCAGCAAGACGACCUCACCAAAGGCAUGCGGCACCUUAUGAUGCUCUCCAAGAAGCUUCGAGCAAAGCGAAUGGCUGCAGGGGCCCUCAAUCUAGCCAGUCCCGAGGUUCGUGUCGAGACGGAAAGCGAGACUUCCGAUCCUGUGGAUGUGAAGACCAAGCAAUUGCUGGACACUAAUCAGCUUGUGGAGGAAUUCAUGCUACUCGCCAACAUUUCCGUGGCUGGAAAGAAUUAUGAGGCAUUCCCACAGACGGCACUCCUCCGUCGUCAUGCCGCACCCCCCAAGAACAACUUUGAAGAGCUCAGUAAUCAGCUCAAAGUCAAGAAGGGUAUGGAAUUGCGGACUGACUCCUCCAAAGCUCUCGCAGAUACUUUGGACACGUGUGUGGAUUCAGACAACCCGUUUUUCAACACCCUUGUCCGCAUCCUAGCAACUCGAUGCAUGAUGAGUGCAGAGUAUUUCUGCUCCGGUACGCAGGCAUACCCUGAAUUUCGGCAUUACGGACUCGCUUCUGAGAUCUAUACGCAUUUCACUUCGCCCAUUCGUCGAUAUGCCGACCUGGAAGCACAUCGUCAACUUGCUGCAGCGAUCGAGUACGAGCCUCUGGAUCCCAGCUUGCAGAGCAGGAGCAAGCUAGAAGGGGUCUGCAAGAACAUCAACGUUCGGCAUCGCAACGCACAGAUGGCUGGCCGCGCGAGUGUAGAGUACUACGUUGGCCAGGCACUAAAAGGCCGUGUGAUUGAGGAAGAUGGAUUUGUGAUGCGAAUAUUCAGCAAUGGCUUCGUCGUCUUCGUCCCCCGCUUUGGCAUUGAAGGUCUUAUUCGGCUCAAAGACAUGGGCAAAGGUGAUGUCGAGCCUGAGAGCGUCUUCGAUGCGGAACAGUAUUCGCUGGAGAUCCACAGUGGUCAGAAGUCUGGAACCAAGGUGGACCUGUUUGAGAAAGUCAAAGUGAAGAUUACUGAUGAAGCAGAGGAGUCGACGGGCAAGCGAAAGAUCAAGUUGCACUUGGCGUAACUCGUGCACGCAAUAGUUAGACAGCAUAGAACAAGCAAGGCUGCAACCCCGCCAACAAUGUUUAUCCAUAG